AUGAAGAGAUUGUGGACUAAGUAUCGACAAUCUCGAGAUGAAGAUCAUGAGGAGAUGUGUACAACUAAUGCUCUUGUGGUAGCAGCAGUCGCUAAAGCUGAAUCUUCCUCUCAAACACGACGAGGGGGUUCUCGACCCGGGCGUGCACCGAAUGAGGAGCGAUUUAGGGAAUCAAGAGGGAAAAACAUGAUGGAAGAUUACUUUGUGGAGUGUCCAGUUUUCAGUGAAGAGGAAUUCUGGACACGGUACAAGAUGAGUCACAAUGUUUUCAACCACAUCUCCAGUGACCUUUGUCGCUAUGACCUGUACUUUGUCCAGAAAUCAGAUGCUGCUAAGAAAGUCGGACUACUUCCCCAGCAGAAGCUGACAUGUUCCUUAAGAAUGCUUGCUUACGGCGCUGGGGCAGAUCAAUGCACUGAGUAUUGUCGGAUGGAAAAAUCGACCUCCAUCGAGGCUAUGAAAUUAUUUACAAGAGGAAUCAUUAAUCUGUACUCGGCAGAAUACCUUCGGGCUCCUACUCCGGCCGACCUCAGAAGACUUUUCGCCAAAACUGAGAGAAGAGAAUUGCCCAAUAGGUUAGGCUGGGAAUACAGCGGUCGAAAACGUGUGCCCACUAUCAUCCUUGAAGCAGUCGCAUCUUAUGACACAUGGAUAUUCCAUGCCUUCUUUGGAAUGCCUGGAUCAUGCAACGACCUCAACGUGCUUGGUAAGUCCCCGUUGUUUGACGAGCUCACUGCUGGUCGAGCCCUCCAGAUCCAAUUUCAAGUGAAUAACAGAAUUCACAAUUUAGGCUACUAUCUCGCUGAUGGUAUCUAUCCUACAUGGCCGACUUUCAUGAAAUCAAUUCCAAGGCCCACACGACCCAAAGAUAUGAAGUUUUCGCAGGCUCAAGAGGGGUACAGGAAGGAUGUGGAAAGAUGUUUCGGCAUUUUACAGUCUCGUUUUAGUAUUGUUCGAGGAGAGGAGAAGACCUUCGAUACAUCAUGCUGA